UAUUUAUUUGAGACAAAAGGCAGAAGCUUUGUCCUUCACACAUUGAAACAUCGUUAUCAAUGCACGUAACCGAUCGGUUUAGUUAGAGGUGAUUAUUGAAGUAACAAAACAGUGCAUGUAAGUACUAAAGCUGAGAGCACGUCACUUAAAAUAUCACAAUUAAAAGACGUAUACAUUUUACUAAUAUUGGUCUACUCUCCGCUGGUGGUGGUUCUUUCGCUUUCUGCUACAAAAUAGUAAAGUUACUAGGUAAUAAACAAGCUUACUAAUGGGUGAUAAUAUAUCGGUAUUAAAUUAGUUUUCGUCAUGGCUAAUGUAAAGAUUAGAAUUAACUCACCGAAACCUACUUCAAACCGAACAAACGGAAGAGGUAAAGUUGGUAAAUUGAGAAAAUUAUUAACAGGUAUUAACAAUGUCAAGACACGAUCAGCUAUCAAAAGCCCUCAAAAAUGUAACGAUAAAAGUAAAAGUGGUGAAAAAAGUAUUUUAAAAGAUAAAUUCAGUGAUACAGUGCUUAUAAAAGAUUCAAGACUUAGAAGAGAAAUUCAACUUUCAAAGAAUACAUUAUUGACCAGAAACGGACAUAUUAAACUUAAAAACAAAGACAAUUUAAGGCUCUGUAACAAUAUAUUAAAAAGUGAACUAUUAAUAGAUGAUAGUAAAGAAAAAGAAAAAAAUGCAUCUCAAAACCAUGGUUUUAACAAUAAUAACUUAGUCAUUAGCAAUCACAAUGAUAAAGAAACAAAUUCAACGCCAGAAGAGUCUGUGGUUAUAACUAUAGCAGAUGAAAGUUCUAAAGAUGACCAAACUGAUUUAAAGAAAAAGAAAGUGAAAAAAAAUUCCAAAUUAACUAAAAAACCUCCAAGAAAAGAUAAAAGAAAGAGUAGGAAACCCAAAAAAGGCCUUUUUAUAUGUGAUUAUUGCCAAAAACAGUUUGAUACUAAAUCAUCAAUAAGAAGGCAUAUGUAUCUACAUCUACAUUUCAAAACCUAUCCUUGUACACAGUGUAACAAGGUAUUUGGCAAGCAGUUAUAUUUGACUGCUCAUGUAACAAGACAGCAUCCUAACUGGGAGCAACACUACAUGUGCAAUUUAUGUGAUAAAAACUUUUUGCUAAAGGAGAACUUAGCUGUACACUUAGCGAGUCACAGUAGUACUGAAACUAUGUUUAAAUGCAUCUAUUGCAAAGAGAAAUUUUCAAAGCAAAUUGAUUUAGUUCAUCAUGAGAAACAGCAUUUAGUCAGUGGUCGGUAUGAUUGCAUUAUAUGUGAACAAAGCUAUGAUAACAGAAAUAAAUUAACACUGCAUUUUAAAUCACAUUUGAGAGUUAAAGAUUUUAUCUGUCAACAUUGUGGCAAAGAAUUCUUGCGGUUAAAUUCAAUGAGGCGUCACGUCCAAAUUUGUCAUGGUGGCAUGAGAAUUCAAUGUCCUAUAUGUAAAAAGUUUUUGAGAGGUCAUUUGUCAGAGCACAUGCGGACUCAUGAGAAAAAGCGUCCGCAUAAAUGUCCAGAUUGUGGACAGUGUUUUACUCAAUCUACCCAACUGACUGUACACCGAAGAUCCCAUACAGGGGCUCGUCCAUACCCAUGUAGAAUAUGCAAUAGACCCUUCUCACAUUCUAAUGCACUCAUGCUGCAUAUUCGGAGGCAUACUGGUGAAAAACCUUUUGAUUGUGCAAUGUGUCCCCUGUCUUUUUCACAAUUACCUCAUAUGAAAGCACAUAUGAGGAAAAUUCAUGGCAAAGAAAAUCCCUAUAGAUGUAAAAAGUGUCAGCAAUUCUUUAAGUUGAAAAUUGACCUUGAAAACCACACUAAAAAUUGUAAAUUUGGUGAAAAAGAGUUGUCCUUUGAAGAGAAAAUUCAGGCGUCAGUACAAGUGGAGGAAGAAGAGGUUGUGGAAUCUGUAAUGAGCUUAUCUCGAAUGAGAUUCCUAUUAGCUCUUCUUUUCACUAUGAUUGCUACCAAAGAGAAAUUAAAAUAUUUAGGUUUCAACAAGCGUUUGGUAGAUGAUUUAUUGGUGGAAUCACUUGAAGCUAUGGGUCAUAAACCAUGUAAAGAUGAAUCUCUAGCACCUUUAAAACGAUUGAAGACAAAUAUACAGACACUCCUAAAUGGAACAGUACCGAAGGAAAAAAUGGCAAAGUUUCAGAAAGAAAAUAAAAGUACGGAAGAUAUACUAGAACUUCUGACAAACGAAAAGAAAUAGGUAAUUAAAAUAAUAAGUCGUUAUUAUGGAACAUUAUAUUUAUUUAUUAUUUUCUAAUCUAUCAAAUAAAAUAAAAGGGAAAGUUGAUGACUUCAUAACAUUUUUCUAUUAUGUUAUCUUACACAAUAGAAAAAUAUUAAUUAAAACAUAAUUGUUUACAA